GCUCCCUGUCAGAACACACAGGAAGGUCUACUGUGUCUCAAGUCGAUCUAUCGAGCACUGAGCAUUGUAGUCUGAGCGCAAAUAAAAAGCGCAUCAAUAACGUGUCAUACUUUUUUUUCUUUUAAAUUUCUAUUUCCGUUUGGGACACCACCGCCAUUCCGCGCGGUCCUUUUCGCAAUGAGCACGAGUAUGGCCUCUGAUGGUGCCUUUCUGUCCGCGUUACAGCCCAACACAUCUGUCAGUACCUACGCACUCCCCUCGGAGAUCCAGCUUGGUCAUGGGAGCUCACUUUCGGACGAAGCAGCGAGGGCAAAACGCGUUCAGCAGCAAGUAGCGUUGCGUCUGGCAGAGAAGACUUCCACUCUUCCCCGACAGAACGGCUCAGCCUCGCAAAACGCCACGUCAGACUACGGAACUGCAUCUAUGAAACACCUAACAGCCAGCCCGGGGUUCAGCUCUCGCUCCUAUGGAUACAGCAGCAGCAGCAGAGGAGGAGGAGGUGGAGGAGGAGGAGGAGGGGCAGGCGUGGGUUCAGCACUGGCCCAGUAUGCAGUUACCAGAGGCUACACCUCCCGCUCGGCCGUGGACGGCGGAAACCGCAUGAAGAUCAGCAUGGGUGGAGGCGCCAGUGGUGGCGGAGGGGCCGGAGGCUCCAGCAUGUAUUACUAUGACGACAUGCGCCUCGGCGGAGGCGGAGGUGGUGGCGGGUAUCACACACUCGGCGGAGGCGGUGGCGGGUAUCACACACUCGGUGGCGGCGGUGGCACUUAUCAAGCAAUCGGUGGCGGCAGCAGCGGUGGUGCAUAUCACACCAUUGGCGGUUACCAGACAGCAGGCGGCUUCCAAGGUGGUGGAGGAGGCGGUUACCAGGUUACCAGUGGCGGCGGUGGAGGUGGUUUCCAGGGCGGCGGCUACCAGCAGCAGACGACCAUGAUGCGCACCAUGAGCCGGGCACCACCACCCGACGUGGACACCAUAUCGCUGCGCUCCAUGCGCCUGCAGCCUACACCCGUGUCCUCGUGGGUGCAGGACGACAGCGACAGUCUGGUGUCCGAGCAGCAGCACCCCUUCUACGCGGCCAACGGCAUCUCGCAGGCGGCCACCUCCUCGGCCGGCCAGAUAAGGGCCACCACUCUGCCCACCAUGAGGCGCUGUCUGAGCGGGACGCUGGCUAGCUCCGGCAGCGGGAUGAUGGAGGAGAGCGUGGAGCGCCAGUACUCCUUCAAGGGGCCGGCGCACCGCACCAUCAGCCGCAUCAACCAGCGCAACAACCGCAUGAGCAUGGGGUCAACCAGCGGCGGCUCCGUCUACGGAGGAGGGGGCGGCUUCGUCGUGUCCGGCUCCCAAAGCAACAUGGGGGGUCGCAUCAGCAGAGCCAUGUCCACUAAGAGCAUGCAGAGUGUGGGCAAAGGCCUGGACGUGUUUGACGGAGAGUUAACAGGCAGCAUGAGCAACUUGGCAGGAAUCAGCAGCCUGGACAUGCCCACUGCCAUUAACUACCUGGAGACUUCAGAUCCCUCCCUUCAGAUGUUGGGUGCUGCCUACAUUCAGCAUGAGUGUUACCACAACAGUGAGGCCAAGAAUCAGGUGAACCAGAUGAAGGGCAUUCCUCUGCUGGUGAAGCUGUUCAACAGCGAGAGCGAGGAGGUGCAGCGCUACGCCACGGGGGCCGCACGCAACCUCAUCUACGAGAACAUGGUCAACAAGGUGGCGCUGAUCGAGUCCGGGGGCAUCCCGCAGCUCAGCGAGGCCCUCCAGCAGCAAGACAACGAGCUCCGCAAGAACAUCACAGGUAUUCUGUGGAACCUUUCCUCCAAGGACAACCUGAAGGAGAAGUUAGCUAGAGAGACCCUGCCGGAACUGACCAAGCAGAUUUUGGUGCCACUAUCAGGACUAGAAAAUCCAGAGUUCAUUGAACAGAAUGCCUCCGAGAAGGAAAUCUUCUUCAACACCACAGGCUGCCUCAGGAACCUGAGCUCAGUGAAUGAGAAGACCAGACAUCAGAUGAGGGAGACCAACAGGCUGGUGGACGCACUGGUGGACUACAUACAGAACUGCAUGGAGGACACCAGGGUGGAGGAGAAGGGUGUGGAGAACGCCAUGUGCGUGCUCAGGAACCUCUCCUACCAGCUGUACACCGAGAUGCCCCCCUCUGCUAAGCUGAAGCUGGAGGGCCCCACUAGAGGGGACGAGAUCUCCAAGGCCGAGGCCAUGGGCUGCUACACCCCCCAGAGCAGGAAGGCCAAAAAGAAGCAGAACCCGGCCCAGCUGACCUUCUCAGAGGUGUCCAAGGUGCCCCAUGGCAUAGAGUGGCUGUGGCACCCCCAGGUGGUGGGGCUGUACAACGGCGUGAUCCAGAAAUGCGAGAUCAACGCUACGUCGCGCGAAGCCGCUGCCGGGGCCCUGCAAAACAUCACUGCUGGCGACACACAGUGGGCAUCCAAACUGAGUAGGGUUGCUCUCGAGCAGGAGAGGAUGUUGCCUGUGGUUCUUGAUCACCUGAGGACCACUAAUGACCUGGAACUCCGCUCUCUCACAGGUUUCCUCAGGAACCUGUCCCGCCACGCCUACAACAAGAAUGACAUGGCUACAAAGGUGGUCAACAACUUGGUAUCCAAGCUUCCGAGUGACGGGCAGCAAAAAGAGCCGUCCAAUGAUGUGGUGGUCAACAUCUGUGGAACGCUCAACAACCUGGUGAUCUGCAGCGAGGUCGCAGCCAGGGACAUCACCUACUUCGACGGCCUGCCAAAGCUGAUAGGCAUCAAAACAUCCCAUGACAACAGUUCUGGCAAGCAGAAAGCAGCCAAAGCCGCAGCGACAGUCCUCUCCAACAUGUUUCAGUACAAGAAACUACACAAGGAAUACAAGAAGAAAGGAUAUGGGAGACAGGACUUUGCCGACCUGACCAUCUGAGAGGCAUCUACAACUCUGGGACAUAUGGACACAUGGACACCUGUUUGUAAUUAUAGGAAUGCUGGUCUCUGGGUGGAACUCUCUAACACUGGCUGUUGACAUAGGAAUACAUAGCCCAGCAGCGUGUGUAAAAACAGUAGUCUAUGCAAUGCCAUCUGAGGAACUCUGGGGGCAGCCAUUCAGCAUCUACAGAGAGGAAGCACCUUAGAACGCUUUCUCUCUCCUCUCUGGUCCAGCAUCUCCUCCCAGGGAAAAUAUAUCUAUGCAAAGUUUACUGAGUCUGGUAACAGGGAGUUUAUAGUGCUCUGCAACUGAAUUUUAAACAUUUGUAGCAUUCUCUACAUCAUGGGAUGUUCCUGUACAUAGUUUCUAUUCCAAUGAAUAGAAUAUAUAGUUAGCUUUUUUACCUUCAAGUCAGCUUUAACUUCAACUUCAAACAUAUUAUGUUUAAACUUUGGAAACGCACCAAAAAGUGAGGUAAUUAUGACAGUGAAAGGUGUAUUGUCGCCCUUUUAAAGUCUUGACCUUUGGAGACAAAAGAGUUAUCUCCGGAUGGCAACAGAUAAAAGGAAAACUUUGGACUUUUGAAGAAAUGCAAAUAGUGUCAAAUGGAAACACCUCAAGCCUCAACACCAGCCAAGGAUUUCAGCCUUUCAGUUUAGAUUUAUUUACCUCCAGCGCUGGUAUUUAGCAUUUUUUGUAUCUCUAAGCACUAUAACAUUGGCUUUUGUUUCACAAACUUGUAUAAACUCACAUUGUCUUCUGUGUGGUGUUCUACAUGGUGUCUUAAUGUCGUUUUUUCAUUUGUAUAGAUAUGGUAAUCUUAUUAAGAUGUGGUGAAAGAAUUAUUAUGGUUUUAGAAUUAAAAUGUUUAUGCAGGAAUAAAUCUGGCCCAGAUCCACGGCAGACUUUGCCUAUAUGAACAGGGAUUCUGGACUAACUAUCUUCAGGUAUCUGCAGGAUGUAACACUGGUGUCUGUAUAAUCAUGAGUUUAUGCAACUAACAGUGAGAUUUUAUUGAUUGAAUUUGUAUGUUCUCAUUUUUUUAAUUUGCCUAUUUACAUAAAAAGCAUUGUUCUUUUUAAGUUCUUUACUGUAGUAUUUUUUAGUCUACCACCAUGUAUAAUUUUGAGAAAAAAUGCUGCUUUGGGAUUGAUAAGCAUUAACUUUAUAUGUUCGUCAUAUUUUCUUGAGCAAGUUUUUUUUCGUGCAGGUUUAUGUUGCAGGUUUUUCAUGAAUUUGAUUUGAUGUAGAUCCAAAUUGUAUAUAUUUGCAUAAAUUGUAUAUUUAUUUGCAUACAUCUGAAUGUCAACGGUUUCUAGCUUUUGAAUGUUUGUAGUUUCUAAAUUGUAAAAAAAAAGAAAUGCUCAAAGAAAUCUGCUCGAGGGAAAAUAAGGAAGUCGUCAUGAGUAGAAUCUCUUUGCUCACAAGCUACUUUUGCUCUGUACUGGCAACUGCAGCAUAUAGCGAAGAGAGUUAGAUACAACUACACAACAUCAUUAAGACGAUCUGUUUAGUCAUGUACAGGAAAAGUUGUCAGACACUAAUGACACCUGUAAAAAUACCAAGAAUAUUAUCAUGUUAAGGUGUUGUCCAUUUACUGCACCGAAGUCUGAUAUGGCUUAAGGGGCCUUAGGAACUGCUCCCAGCGACCUCAGAGGCAGGAAAGUUGGAGUCACUUGUCUCAUCUUUAAUCUGUACCUUUAAAUCCGGUCUGGAAUGUUGUCAAUGGAUUCAGUGGCCAUAAGCAUACCUGCACAUGUAAAUGCCUUAAUAAUGCACAAAGACUCAAUAAAGAGAAAAUAGUGGAUAAAGAA